CCCCGCCUCUCCUCACCUUCCCCUUCCCAUUCCCAUUCCUGUUCCCAAGAAUCCCCAAGAAAAAGCUCGCUAAAAUAUCUCCCCUCUUCUUACUCUCUCCCCCUUCUCUUCUCCUCAGAGAUCUCCUCCUCUCCCAAUCCACAAGAAGAUGAGUCUCCUCCAUUUCCCAGAUGCCGUCAACCCCAGAAACCUCCAGAUUUGGAACAACGCCGCCUUUGACGACGCCGCCGGUGGCACCGUCGUGGCUGCAGAAAAGCUGCCAUGGUCUGCUCUCCAACCCAUCUCCGACAACCAAUCGGAGUCGCUCGAUCUCGAUCCGUGCAAGGAGAAUCGCAGCCCCAGUCCGGUCUACGAGAAAACCCCCGUCUCCAAGAAAUCUUCGACAGCUCUCAAGCCAGCUAUUUCUGGGAAGGCAUCCAAAGUAUCCUUCAAGGAGGAUGCCCAGAUCAACGAUGAAAGCUUUGACGACGAGAUCGAGGAGAUCGAGAAGGAAAUCAGGCGGCUGUCAUCGAGGCUCGAAGCGCUCCGGAUCAAGAAGGCAGAGAGGGAUUCGAGGGUUGCGGCGGCCAGACGGCAUGGGAGGAUCGUGCCGGCUAAAUUCAUGGACCCGAAGCAGAACACGAUGAAGAUUCUUGAAACGCCUGCUUCGAAAAAGAUCGCGCAAUCUCCGUCGAGCGCAAAGCUUCGGCAGAGGUGUGGUAGUCUUGGACCGCUGGAAAUCAUUGCUAGCUCCCCAAAAGUUCUGGAUUUGAAGCAGAGCUCGACAAAGAGUCUUGGGUCAUCAUCGGCUCUAAAGAAGAUCGAACAAUCUCCAGCAAGUGCAAGACUCCAACGGAGAGGAGUAAGCCUCGGGCCACUUGAAAUCCAUGAGAGCGUCAGGUCUCGGCAGUUGAAGGCACCUGAGGGCACUCCUCUGAGAUCAGUGCAGAUUCACAAGAAACAAGGCUUGUGGAAACUUGAAGGCAUUCAAGAAGAGAACAGGGAAAGGAGGUCAAGUCCUAAGUCUCGGCCAUCAAGUGCUGCUAAAGCCUCAGUACCAAGGAAGGGAGCUACGGCAACCAUUGCAGCAAAGAAGGUUGCGGAGUCUCCAACAAAUGCCAGGUUCCAGCGAAGGGGUGUCAGUCUUGGACCCUCAGAGAUAGUCAUGAGUGCUCGAUCUUGUCAGACAAGGAAGAUUCAAGAAGUCAAAGAGAAAAGGAUGAAGGCAGAGAAGGGGGGACGAAGUUUGAGUGUUAGUCCUAAAUCACAACGGUCGUCUGUUGCUGCUAAGGUCUCUGAUCUAAGGAAAGGGAUUGCGACUGUUGGAGCAAAGAAGCCAGUGAAAAAAGAGGAAGGAUCACUGGCUAGCCUUAAACCUAAGGUUCUUUUCCAUGAAGGAAAGAUUACAGUCCCUGCAAAAAGGCCAUCGAAGAAUAGCAGAGCAAGAGUUGUGGCGAGCCGUUACAGUCUGGCCAUUACAGGUGUCGCAGGAGAUAAGGCAGGAAGCAGUCGGCGGAAAUGGUCAUUGCCGGAGUUAGGCAUGGAUGAGACCAAUGGAUCCCUUCAAGGAUCACAUGGAACUGCACAUGAAAGCCAAGAGGAGUUGGAUGUUCAAAUGAAGAGAGGGGAGGAGAUGUCAAGCAAGGUGGAGGGAAAUGUAGAUCACUUGUUAUAUGUUGAUGAGAAUUCUCCUCCAUCAAUCAUGAAGAUUGCUGAAUUGCUUCCUAAGAUCAAAAAGCUGCGAUGUGUCACUGAGAGCCCCCGUGACUCUGGGCGUGCCAAGAGAGUUGCUGAAUUAGUUGGAAAAAGGUCAGUUUUUGGUGAGGCAGAUGAUGAGGAUGUCACUUCCCCUUGCCAGGCCCUGACAUUUGAAGAGGAAGAAUAGUGUAGCUUAGCAUCGAUCCAGUCAUCUUCUUGUACCGUGGCAAUAACUUGUAAUUUUUAAUCUGUUUGUUCCUGAAGGGGUGAGCUGUUCUUCAGCCUACAGUACAACAUCUUUGGUUGCUGGUUUUUGAAACAUGGAAAAGCUUUGUUGAAAAGCAGUGUACGGUACCUAUUAUAUGAAAUGCUGUGUAACAAUUUGUAACUACUGCUUCUCUAUGGAAAGAAAUUAGUGAUAAUUUUCAUAUUGAAAAUGCUACAGUAGUAGACAAACUUCAUUCUUUCUUGAUGUUGAAUUUUGCAUUGAAAUGGGAACUGGGAAAAUGUUUCAA